UUUCGUGCCAUUGUUCACGUCGCACAUUAGCGAAUUCUCGAUUCUGCAUCAUUCCUGACCCCUCCAUCUCCCCCCUUUGCGCAUAAUCGCGCCUCACUGUUCCCCAGACGCAAGCUGCCGGCCGCUACAACUGUGACCUUUGUGCACACCGUGUUGACGGGUAGCGCGCGCGACGUCAUUGCCGCAUCUGGUAAAUCGUGGUUACACACCUACCUCAGCACUUGACACGUUUCCUUCAACAACCGUCUCUUGGUUUUUUACUACUCAGCGAACACCCGUCAAGCUCAGCGUUUAAGUCAAGAAGAUUAACAGCGUUACUGAGAAAAAUCGAUAACCGCAAAGAUGGCCGACAUGGAAGAUUACUUGCAGUCGGACUUCGACCCCAGCAAGGUCACCAUGCCUCGCUUGCGAUCGAUACUUGUCACACACGAUAUCGGCUUUCCCGCCACAGCAAAAAAGGCGCAGCUUGUGCAGCUCGUGAACGAACAGGUCAUGCCACAAGUUUCGAAGUUGCGCGCACAAAAGCUUCGCGCCAAACGGUCCAGCAUGGGCAUCGUGAAUGCUGGCAGCGCCGAAGACGUUGGAGACUGGGACGACUCGAUCAUCGAGACUCCCGCGUCUGUUAGGAGAGGCAAGUCACCGCGGAAAUCGUCGACACGUCUCAAGAGCGAGGAAUAUGACGAAUCACACAUGGCGACGCCACGAGUGACAUCCCGACAAUCGCGUGCCUCGCGUUCUGUCAGUCGCGCGCAAUCACACGCCGACGACUACGAAGCUCCGAAAUCUACGGCCACCCGUCGCGUGAGCCGACGGACGGUCACACCCUCUAUCAAGGAUGAAUCAGGGGACGACAACGAUAACCCCUUCUCUGAUGACAACCCCUUCCAGAGUGGUGUCUCUCCUACUGGCACCGUUCAGAAAACACCUCGCAACAACUACAGGCGUCGCUUGAGCGAGAUUGAGGCGGCAAAGAGUGCGCAGUCAGCGCGCCGCAGCACAGGCCAGCAAGCUGGGCUGUCAGUGUCCAAGACUAGAAGGCAGCAGCAGACACCUCAGCCAGAGUUCGACGACACCGAGGACGACAGCGACGACAUGGAGCCUGGCGAAGAGUUCACGCCUGAUGCACAACUCGAGCUCGAGGCCGCUGCCAGCCAGGGUGAAGUGAUGCCACCGCGCAAGACAUCGAGAAGUGCGGCUCAAAAAAGCAGCCGAAAAACGCCCCUAGCCGUUCUUCUCGUGACCUUGUUAUCUGUGUACGCUGGCUGGUGGCGCCAAGAGAAAAUUGCCGUGGGUUAUUGCAACCUUGGUCGGUCGCCACAGUUUAUCGUGCCUGCGGAUUGGCCGAUCCCCGACUCCGUGGUGCCUUUCUUGGAACCUCAAUGCGAGCAAUGCCCACCGCAUGCCUAUUGUUACGAGAACUUCGAGACGCGUUGUGAGCAAGACUUCAUUCUGCGCCCGCACCCUCUAUCGUUCGGCGGUCUGGUGCCUCUGCCUCCGUCGUGCGAGCCUGACGGCGAGAAGGCACGCCGUGUGAAGGCUGUUGCCGACAAGGCCAUUGAGGAACUUCGUGAUCGCCGGGCCAAGUUCGAGUGCGGCGAGCUCGUUGACGAGGCCGGGCACCAGCAAGACUCGCCGUCCAUUGACGAAGAGGAACUCAAGGAAACAGUGAGCGCCAAGCGCAACAAGAAGCUCAACAGCGCCGAAUUCGAGGACCUAUGGAUAGCAGCCAUUGGUGAGAUUACAGCUCGCGAGGAGGUUUCCGCCAAGGCUAUUGAAAACUCCAAUUCCACCGGCUUUCCAAACCGCCAGCUCUCGUCAACCUCUCUCGCUCGCGUUUCACUCCGCUGCUCCGUCCGGCGGGCCAUCCGACGCGGAGUGGAGCGAUAUCGACUCGCAGCUGGACUUUUAGUCAUGGCCUUCAUUGGUGCAUUGGCAGCGCGAGCAAAAUACAGAAGGCACGUCAUGACUUCCAGGCAGGUUCCUGCGUUAGUCGAGACCGUCUUGACCAAAUUGUUGAGCCAAAAGGAAGUUGGUGCCGAGGAUGACGAGGAGGAUCCCUGGCUGUUCUUACCCAACCUGCGCGAUGAUGUGCUUCGCUCUGUUCACUCUUUGCGCGAGCGAGAGCACAUCUGGCAAAAGGUGAAGGCUGUCGUCGAGAUGAACAGCAACGUCCGCACUAGUCAGCGCGAGGGCGCAAAUGGCGAGUUUGGCCGUGCGUGGGAAUGGAUAGGGCCUCUCGGGAUUGAAGGUGCUCGGAGACGACGUAGCGGGCGACAGUCCUUGCUGCCCGACUCCAAUCCAGUAACGCCAGGGUCGGUGGCUGACUCUGUAGACUCGAAGAAGUGGCAAGAGUCAAGGCCUAUUUACUAGGCCGUGUACGUGUUCCGCUGUUUAUUACAAUUCUGUUUUCUUUCGUUUGUCCUGUUCUCUCACUGUACAUGUUGCUUGGGGAAUCUCAUGCCCUUUGAUUAGUGGACGACUGUUGGAUCUGGCGUUGAUGGAAAGGGCGUGAUUGGGAUUGUCUGUGUGGGUGCCGGCUUUGAUGGUCUGCAGAGUUAUAUGACCAAGUAAUGGACGAGUGUAUGUCACGGCUUGCUUUCUCAUCCACGUAUAGAUCAGUGACGUCUUUUCAGAACCUGACGUCGGCCUUGGC